AUGUUAGGAAGGAUCGACCUUACCGAUAUUGGCGACGAAUCGACUCCACUUGCCUUGGAAACCAAUAAGAAACGACAAUUGAAUCCGACUUACAAUUUGUGGUCGCCAGCGCCAAACUCAGUACCCUCUACUACACUUCAAUUGGAUGAUCACAUGUUCGUCGUAGGUGAUAUUACCAAUGUUCAGGCAUCUAAAACAGUCAUUAAAGAGAAAAGUAAUGUAUGCAAAACAGAUAUUUUUAACGAAUUGUAG